UGAAAAAAUCAUUUGAAAAUAUUAGAAUUAGAAAUAUUUCACAGCAAACCUCAGGAAAUGUGGAGGAAUUUAAUAAUAAAUGAGGUGAUGAAGUUAAAUUGUAAUAGAGGUAGAGUAAAUAAUGUUCGGAUAUUAGUUUCUUGCAAGAACUGGAAAUAUAAAGUCUAUUUUUAAAUGUAAGAGGAAUGCAUAAUGUGUGUGCUUCUCCCCAAACAGCAAGUCAUUAGCUGAUUCCAGUUAUAAAUUUGUGUAUUUGUUGAACUUGAAAAAUGGGAAUUUCUCUCCUUAUAGUACUACGUUGGCAUCUGGUAUUGAUGAUAACUCUAUUCGUUUAAGGGACAUUUUAAUAUAAUAUUUACCUUAAAUUUGGACAAACAACAUAAUCGAAAUAAAGUGGUAUUGAUUAUCAAUAUUAUUUAGUUUCAUCGAUUAUCUCUAUUCUUCAUAUAUCAAAAGAGCUUAUAUUUUAAUCUUAGGGUGCUCUAAUUUUGAAAGGAGAAUUUAGAAAUCAAUCUGGCAUAGAAUUGAGGACAUUUUUUCAAUAAAGAGUCAGCUGCAUUUUAGAGAAAUAAAUUGGACAAAAAAUACAAUAAAAUUGAUUUAUCAUCUCUUAAUUUUUUUUUUUUAUAAUACUAGUUACUUAAUCAUUGAAAGAAAUAAAAAUCAUAUUCUCUUGUUAAAAACGAGAAUUUAAAGCAGGAAUGGCGAAGAACCACAAAACUACUAGAAAAAUAUUUUAGAAGAAUGA